UUUUUGAAUUUCUAUCAAAACGGUUUAGGACUUAGUGCUGCUGCUCUAAUACAUACUGCUGUGUGAUAAUAAAACGUGGUUUUAUCGCUUUCGGUUUCCAGAAGUGAAACGUUUAAUUUAGGGUCUUGUGUUUUGAAUGAUGAAAUUUAUGUAAUGUUUGUGAUGGUGUGUUAGGUGUGAUUAGCUGUUAAGCAAAUAUAGCCAAGAAAGAUACGUAGAUUUUAUGUCCCUUAAACGUUUUUAAUUGUUUUUCUGUUUGAACGGUGAACGGAUUUGUACAACAUAGAUAAAGUUAUGAAUCGUUUCGACUUUAAUCUCGCUUAUCGACAAUAUGAACAAAUCUGAUUCAAAUGAUACGUUAGAAGAAGUGUAUUUGUCUAAUUCGUCUUUAUUGUCUGAAUCAACAAACUUUUCCGACGAUGCUUUAAACGAUAAAAAUAUCAGAAUCGAGGAACCAACAACAACAACAAACAAAAGAAAAGGUCGUCUCGCAACGGCAUUCCGAUCAUUUCGCAGAAAGAAAAUCGAAUCAAAACCUUCGGAAGAAUACCCGGGAAAGUCGGAAACUCCAGACUCUCAACGGAAGUCAGUCAAAAGUGAUAAAAAAGGUAGCAGAGCGUCCAGACUGGUGAAGAGACUGUCGAUGAGUGGAAUAAGACGAACAAAAAAAUCGACUGAUAAUCUCAAACGGGAAACACCCGAAGGAGCCACACUGAGUGUAUCAGAAAUCAGUUUACUGGAAAUCGAAGCUGAUGACACAACAUCCACUGUCAACACAACGACCAAUAAAGUACCAAGAAAAGGUGAUCAACUGCAAAUCACCAUAUCCGGUAAAAAAAUCGAACGACGGAGCGACGCAAUAGGCAAUCCGAUAUCUGACACUAAAAUCACUGAAGCAGAACCAUCGAAACCGCAAAGAAAACCAAAGAAAUUCAAUAUCACCGUCAGUGAUCAAGACGCAUCACCGAACGUUCAGGCCCCACCAAUACCGUACAGCAUAUGUGGAUCAGAUAUUUCAGUCAGUUCGAUUUCAACCGUUGAGAAAAUCAGUCACACUCACUCAAUCGAACAGUCUUCGAUUUCUAGUACUGGUGUGAUAAAGAAAUCGUCAUUUCGCAAACCGAACAAGAGACCUCUGUCAAUGUCAUCCAGUAAGACGGGCUCACUGGAACGUGGUCGACGUUUCCCUCGACCAGCAGAUGAUGCGAAAACCGAUGUAGCAACUGGAUCCGUCAGUGUAGACAGUGCAAGUGGAUCAAAAACAACUGAUCUUCCAGCUAAGAUUGGUCCUCAACCAAAGCCAACAGCAUCGCAAUCCGUCACCCCAAUCGAAGACAAGCCAAAAAUUGCAUUUGAGACAAAUAUGGCUUCGACGCCAGAGAAACGUGAACAUUUGUACAAAAUAUUGGUCAUCGGGGAAUUGGGAACGGGGAAAACAUCAUUCAUCAAACGUUAUGUUCAUCAAUUCUUUAGUCAAAAUUAUCGAGCCACAAUCGGAGUGGAUUUUGCAUUGAAAGUGUUAAACUGGGAUAACAACACAAUAAUACGUCUUCAGCUAUGGGAUAUUGCAGGACAGGAGAGAUUCGGCAAUAUGACCCGUGUCUACUAUAAAGAAGCAGUUGGAGCCUUUAUUGUGUUCGAUGUAACGCGAAGUGCCACAUUUGAUGCAGUUGUUAAGUGGAAACAGGAUUUAGAUUCGAAAGUGCAAUUACCGAACGGAAGUCCCAUUCCUUGUAUUCUAUUAGCGAAUAAGUGUGAUCAACAGAAACAAGGUAUGGCUGCUACGCCCGACAAAAUGAACGAGUACGUAAAAGAGCACGGAUUUGCCGGUUGGUUCGAAACAUCUGCCAAAGAGAAUGUACAUAUUGAAGAAGCUGCUAGAGCCUUAGUAAACAAGAUAUUACUUAAUGACAAGUUGAUCAGUACAAAUGACAUUGGUGAUCCGGACAAAUUUGGUUUGGAAGCAACCAGUCAACAACCAAAGAAAAACUGUUCCUGCUGACUACUAUUGUCGAAGCGUUUAGAAAAUCAAAAUGAAAAAUCAAGAAAAUUUGCAACUAUCCUGCCAUUUUUGUCGUCAACUUUAGGAAAUUAAAUUUUGAAACAAAAAAUAAAUCAAAAAUUCUAUUUGCCAUCCGAAAGCUUAUUAUCAAAUCUAGUUGAAUCGAAAUGGAUUCGGCACAUUUUUCCACUUUACUUUUCACCGUUCCACCAUAUAGAACAGUUGCCAUUUUACACUUUAGCAAAAAAUAAAAAUAACAAAAAUUGAAGGAUCUAGCGGAUGCAUUGCGA